UCGUGAACCGGAGCAUCCAAGUUCAGACGCUUAUCACGCUUAGCGUUUUUCUCAACCAGCCAGUAUGCGAUGAGGUGCGUCCUCUCCGCCCGCUACAGCUGAAAAACAACGAGCAACAACAGUUCUAAAUAGUGUGGAAUUGUUUUCGCUGCAGUCAUGGCAGGCCUGCUUCGCCCGCUUUUAUUCGGCUCCACACUGUUUUUCCUACUGUCAUGUGAUGCCCUGCUGAGUGAUGGGCCACCCACUUUGCUGUCCACCUCCCAGCCCUCUCCUCUGUCCCUCAUGGACCUGGACCAAGAUGUGGAGGAGCAGCCGGAGAGGAUGACCGUUCCAGGCAGCCCCACCACAGUACCAGGCCUAACCUCCCAGGGACAGGAGUCCUCGGGGUUAUUCAAUGACGACAACAAGCCUCUGCAGUCCUCUGUUCAUCUCUGGGAUGGUGUCAGAGACCAAGUCAACAUCACUGGUCUAGACAGGAAGUCCCUCAGAGGUUACAGUCAGACCCUCUCCCAGACCUCCACCUCUCCUAUGGAGGAACCCAGACGGGGAAAUCACACCUCUCCCUUCAAGGAUGCGGUGGAGAGGCAGCUAUGGGAGAUGGAGAGAGAGUCCAGCGGCCUCCCCCUGGAGGCUGGCUACGGCCAGAACCAGAGCCUGCCUACCACCACCUCCAACAACACCACAUCCAACACCACCACCUCCAACACCACCACCACCCCCACCUCCAACACCCCCACCACCCCUGCUGCUGACCCUCUGGUUCCUGUAGACUCAACCACCUUAGACCCACAAUAUGUCCCAGUGUACGGGGGUUCACAAUCAACUCCUGAAGACACAGUUGAGGUAGAGGUAGCAGAUGAGGAGGAGGAGGAGGAGGAGGAAGAGGAGGAAGAGGAGAGGGAGAGUUCCACCCCUGAGCCUGAUGCCUCUACCUCCAGACCAACCCUCCCAGAGGUGGGUGUCUUCCCCAGCCUUGGGCCUCUCCAGUCAGACAACACCCAUACAGAAGACCAGGAGGAGGUGGUGGAAGAGGAAGAAGAGGCAGUGGUCCAAGGAAGACCAAGGAGUGACUCGGGAAGAGCAGGGAGAGGAGGGGACAUCUCUCCCCUGACCACAGCCCCCUUGGCGUCUCUGGCGCCCACGGUCGACGUCACGGAGGAUUCAGCGGUCCGUCUGGAGGACGAGGAGAUGUUCGCUGGGAAGGAGAUCCAGGAGAAGGAGAGGAGGCAGGAGGAGGAAAAGAAGCAUGAUGAGGAGGAGCAGGAGAUCAGGCAUGGAGGAACAGAGCUGUUAACAGAGGCGGAGGUCCUCCGUGGUGCACACUUCUCACAGGAGAUACAGCAGGUGACCUGUGUGGACUGGAGCGAUCUGGCUGGGAAGGGGUACGUCAUCUUCAACAUGUCAGACAACGUUGACUGUGAUGAGUUCCGUGUGGAGAGUGGAGAGCGGCUCUUGGAGCUGCUAGAGACAACCUUCUCUAGGAAGAUGAACAGUCCUCAGGGCUCCUGGCUCAUCUCUCUCUCUAAACCCACCAGACAGGACCACCAGCUGCUCGUCACGCUGGCCAACGAACACGGAGUUAUUGCCACCAAGGAUAUGUUGUCAAUUUUAGGCGAAAUCAGGAGAGGUUUACACGAGAUUGGUAUCCAGAACUACAGCAGUGCUAACACCUGUCACUCCAGACCCAGUCAGACGCGUAGUGACUACGGGAAGCUGUUCGUGGUCCUGGUGAUCAUAGGUUCUGUCUGUGUGGUCAUCAUCGCGUCUGGUCUCAUCUAUAUCUUCUGGCAGAGACGCCUGCCUAAGAUCAAGACUAUGACUCGAGGCGAGGAAUUUCAUUUUGUGGAGAACGGCUGCCAUGACAACCCUACCCUGGAUGUGACGAGUGACGGCGGGGGGCAGCCAGACAUAAAGGAGAAGAAACAUCGCCACGCCAACGGACUGACGGCUGGGUCUGUGGGGGAGGGAGGGAGUAGUGGCUGGCAGGUCCUGGUCAACAAACCUGGAGGGAAGGAAGAGGAUAAUAUGGAAGAGGAUACACACCUUUAGUAGAGAGAAGAAGAGUGGAAGAGGAUAAUAUGGAAGAGGAUACACACCUUUAGUAGAGAGAAGAAGAGUGGAAGAGGAUAAUAUGGAAGAGGAUACACACCUUUAGUAGAGAGAAGAAGAGUGGAAGAGGAUAAUAUGGAAGAGGAUACACACCUUUGGUAGAGAGAAGAAGAGUGGAAGAGGAUAAUAUGGAAGAGGAUACACACCUUUGGUAGAGAGAAGAAGAGUGGAAGAGGAUAAUAUGGAAGAGGAUACAUACCUUUGGUAGAGAGAAGAGUGGAAGAGGAUAAUAUGGAAGAGGAUACACACCUUUAGUAGAGAGAAGAAGAGUGGAAGAGGAUAAUAUGGAAGAGGAUACACACAUUUGGUAGAGAGAAGAAGAGUGGAAGAGGAUAAUAUGGAAGAGGAUACACACCUUUGGUAGAGAGAAGAAGAGUGGAAGAGGAUAAUAUGGAAGAGGAUACACACCUUUGGUAGAGAGAAGAAGAGUGGAAGAGGAUAAUAUGGAAGAGGAUACACACC